CCCCUCUCCCCUUCUCCACAACGCGAACAACACAUCCCGCGUUAUCGAUUAGUUUGGUGCAGCGUUUGCCUGUCCUUUUACAGCUAACCAGUCAGUUAGUUAGUCAUUCGACAAAUCUACUCUCAUCUAAACAUGACGUCUAUUCACAGUCCAGUCACCCGCAAGGAGGACACCGAGCUCAAGAGACCAGAUCUCAGAGGCAAAUUCGUCUGCUCCUCCUGCUCCCAAAACUUCCAACACAGUGCCUCCCUGAACCGUCAUCGUCAGCUGAUGCACAGCAACGAGCACACUUGUAUGAUGUGCGAGCGGGCUCUUAACCAAAAAGAGACUAUCCGUGAGCACAUGAGAAAUGAGCACAACCUGGCUCAAGUGUUCACUUGUGGCUGUUGCAAUUGGACUUUCGCCAGCAAGAGACAACUCACGGAGCACACAAAGUGCAUUCAGGGAACUGGAGCUCCAGGAGACACCAUUCCAAUCGCCAAGUCCAUUAAUGCACCAGGAUCACUUAUUCAGUCGACAAUCCAAGGAACUCCACCAGUGGUGAAAACCGGUCGCAAACGUCCCAUGGGAGGUUCGUUGUCGCCGUCAUCUUCCGUCUCCACAUCCAUCUCUUCCCGUGAUGCCUCCGGAUCGCCUCCACCAACUGAAGAAGAAGCCGAGCGCAAGGUGCUCUUUGACAACGCAGUCGACACUAUUCUACAGAGCAAGUUCUUCACUUAUCAGCAGAUCACUGAAGUCGACACUUGGGUCAAAAUCAUCGAAAGUGCUAAUACUCUUGCUGACACACUCCAACGCAUCAAGAAAUCACAGAAGGUCAAAGCAGAAGGGCCAGCCGUCGAGAGCAAGAUGAUUCCAGAGAAGCACGUCAAGCAGGAAAUUGAGUAACUAUUUUAUUUCCUAUUUUAACUCCCUAUUCAACUGAUGUUCAGUUUUAUCAUUUUGUUUCAUAGCAAUAUUGAGUGUCUUCACAGUAUUGUUAAUUCUACCUCACUUUCUUCAAUUUUUCAUUUUUAACGAUUCAUUUUUUUUCAAUACACGAUUGUUUUAUAA